CUUUUCGGUCGCGGCUGCCUCCACGCCACCAUGCCUCUGGCGAAGGACUUGCUGCAUCCUUCCCCUGAGGAGGAGAAGAGGAAGCACAAGAAGAAGCGGCUGGUGCAGAGCCCCAACUCCUACUUCAUGGACGUCAAGUGCCCGGGUUGCUACAAGAUCACUACGGUGUUUAGCCACGCUCAGACCGUCGUUUUGUGCGUGGGCUGCUCGACCGUGCUGUGCCAGCCCACGGGGGGCAAGGCGAGGCUGACAGAAGGCUGCUCUUUCAGGCGAAAGCAGCAUUAGGCGAAGGGAGCGGGGGAUGGAUGUGACUACUCGCACAGACGGCCGCGCAGGGCGCGAGGGCAGGGGCUGCGGCCGCGCGCCCAGGCCUGAUCCCCGGCGCGUGAGCCGGUGCCCGCGGAAGGCCCGCCGCAAAUGCGACUUUCGUACUGUCCCUGUAGCCCCACCCAUCCUGCUGUCAAUAAAUUUUGGAUAAAAUACA